AAAAAAAGUGUGCGAAAUUAAAAGAGAAUAUAAAAAUAGAUGGGAAAAGAGUUUCUUAAAUUUCCCUCAUUCUUCCACUAUCUGUUCGGCGACUCAAUCUCGGAUCAAGCUUUGGUACUUUCCUCUCUCUCUCUCUCCCCUUCUCCGAUUUCGUCUCUUUCUCUUGCAUGCAUAUUCUCUAAGAGAAGAUCAGCGGAGCUUCUCUGCUCAAUGUUGUUGUAGAUUGUUCUUGCGUUGCCAGGUUUCGAUUCCAUUUGCACGGAUCUCUCAUUUCCUGUGCUGAUUUCAGUUUUUUUUUUGCUUUGAAAUUUACGGUCUGCCUUACUCCGUUUCUUAUUCUGGGUUUUUUCUUCGUUGGUUUCCAUCUCGUCAGUUGAAUUUGGACUCCGAGUUUCCCUGAUUUUGUAGCAACGAUGUCGUAGAUCUCUUUUGGGGUCGACUUAUGCUCUCAAGUUUGUUUUUGUAUAAAAAUUUCAGCUAUCGACUGCCAGCUUUUGGCAGCUUUGCCUUUGCUUUCACCUCUACUAGGGUUUUUUCAGAUACCUUUUCCGUGGCUGUUCAGCUCUUUCGAUUCCGUGUGACUGCAGAUGUUUACUAUUUCAUCGGUGAUACUGGUUAGUUUUGAACAUCAGAUUUGUGUUGGAGUCGGGAAUUUGAAGUCUCGAAACUAUCCGAUUAGGAUAUUUACCAGAUAAUCUUAACUAUGUCGGCGCCUAAUUGAUUUGCGGUGUUAGAGAUUCUUUGGUCGGAACUUAUUGGAUUGGCCUAAGCCAUUUCGCCCCAUGAUCAGUCGUGAAAUCCAAAAGGCUAUUUUAGGAAUCGGGAUAUUCUGAAUGACUUACUGAUUUAUUGAUUGUGAGAUGGAUUUCUCAUGUACGAAAAGUACUUAAAGAUGAUUUUGAUGCUCGGUCAACUUUGAAAUCCAAAAGCUAUCAGCUAUACUAGGAAAUCUGACCAUGAGGUUCUAGAUGUCAAGCGACCGGAUGACUUCUUCUUGAUUGUGAGAUGGUUCUGAUACUUGAGAACUACUCCGGGUGAUUCUCUUGCUUUGCUGCAUUUUGAUUUCUAUAAAUCGGGGCUCUCUUCUAGAUGGAAAUGUGUAUUAACUGGAUCUUCAAAGAGGUUCUUGAUGUGUUGGGUCAUUCUGUCAACAUAAUUCCUUGGUUGUUGUCUUGUUAUGUUAUUAACGUAUAUGUCUUCGCUAGAUAUGAACUCGUGUACUCUACAGAGCAGUGUUUCUGUUUGCUAGGUUCUCCAAGUUCCUUAUUCUAUCUCUGUGUGUGUUCGUUAAAUAUAUGGCGCUGUUUAUUGCGUUAACACCUUUGGCUGUGAAAGAGUUUGCCGUCUCUACCCUUAACGUUCUUGGUUCUGUUAUCUUUUUUGUUCCCAGUUCAGGUGGAAGCUUUUUGUCUAAAUGGUUGUUGUUUUGCUUUAACUAAAAAGAGAUGAGUCACACGAUGGAUGAAAGUGACAAUGGUAUGUACAACAAGCGUGAUGAGUCGCCGGCUGCUGAAAAUGGCAGUGGCUGCAGGAGUAGAUGGGCUGGAACUGUUCUGAAGAAAGGGCCAUGGACCACAGCAGAAGAUGCUGUUCUAAUUGACUAUGUCAAGAAGCACGGUGAGGGUAACUGGAAUGCUGUGCAGAAAUACACAGGCCUAUCCCGUUGUGGCAAAAGCUGCCGCCUGAGGUGGGCUAACCAUCUGAGACCAAACUUGAAGAAAGGAGCAUUCAGCCAAGAAGAAGAACAGCUCAUUGUCGAACUGCAUGCCAAGAUGGGAAAUAAAUGGGCACGCAUGGCUGCACAUUUGCCUGGUCGAACAGAUAAUGAGAUAAAGAAUUACUGGAACACUCGCAUUAAGAGGCGACAACGAGCUGGAUUGCCGCUUUAUCCUCCUGAAAUGCAUGUUGAGGCUUUGCAAUGGAAUCAAGAGUUCACAGAGAGUGAUCAAAGAUAUCAAGAUUUCUUGCAGGUGGGGAGUUGUGAGCCUAAUGUCUUAUUUGACAGUCUUAAGGUUGUCUCUGGGAUGGUGCCUAGUGCUUCUGACUUGUCCGAUGUCGCCUCAUGCAAUAUGUUGGGAAAUAAUGGUGCGAGUUCUUCUUGCUAUAAAGGCUUCAGGCCACCGAUAAUGCAACCAACAAAGCGAUUUCGAGAACAAGGAGCUAUACUUCCUGUGUACUGCAGUAACAUAAAGGAUGAAUUCCCUUCGCUUGAAGAAAUUCAGAGCACUGCUCCACGAAAGAUUUCCAAGUCUUUCAGUUUCUCGUUUCCUCGUGAUACUGAUCCUCCCAACAGAGUCCAACACUAUUCCGAUGUGAUUCCUGGUAGCCAUACCCUUAUGGAUGCCAUUUUUCCUUCUUCUAAGCCCUCGUUUGGGACAGUGAAGUUGGAGCUCCCUUCAUUCCAAUAUCCAGAAACUAAUUUUGAUCAGCUGAAGGCAUCAUUGUCUCCGCAUUCAGAUCUUCUCGAAUCUGUUGACGCUUUCUUCCAGUUUCCACCAACGAUGCGGAAAUUAGAGGCUGAUUGUUAUUCUUCCUGUGACACUGGCCUUCUAGAUAUGUUACUUCACGAGGCCAAGAUCCGAACUGGUACGAAGACUGGUUCUCUUUUGUCUGAAAAGAGUUUCUGUUCCACUACUACUCCCGAAAUGGCUGAGGGUAUAACCCAUGUUAAACCGGAAACCAAACAUAAGGAAUCUGAGGUUUCCAUCAAGCCCUCGACUCAUUCUGGGAUUCCAUUUUCCGUGCAACUUGGUGAAGGUGGAAGUUCGUCGGGUGAAUCAUCGUUGCCUACCCAUAACUUUUCCGGGCACAACAACGUAAAGAUUGAGCAAUGGGAUCAGAUUUGGACACCCAAAAGAGAGAAUGAAAAAAACCCGGUCCUAGAUAUAUCACGGCCUGACGUUUUACUUGCUUCAAGCUGGCUGGACCACGGUCUCGGACUCGUCAAAGAGACAACGACUAUGUCAGAUGCCCUGGUGGCACUUUUCGGGGACGAGUUCGGAAACGAACAUAUGCAUAUGGCUGUAGGGACUCCGUCUUCUUCAUCGUCAUCGGGUCAAGCUCGAGCUGUGGGUUCGUGCGUGUGGAGCAACAUGCCUCCGGUGUGUCAAAUGACGGAAUUGCCCUGACAAAAGUCUGCUCGGUUGGAUACUUCGGCCGUCAAGUUCGUCAUUUGUAAGUGGUUCGAUUCGCAGAGUUCAAUGUGUGUCAAGUCUAAAGGAGUUUCUUAUCGGGCUUUCAUUUCGAACCAACUUUUUUGUUCGCUGUAAUGCAAUAACCAUUACCCAUUUCAUUCUGAAGAAUAAUCUAAUUCGCACUCAUAUAUAAGCUCCAUACGAUGUAAUGAUAAUCGGUUUAGUUUAUUUUGGGUUCGGUUCGAUGAACUGGACUGAUUAA